AUGGGAGAUAACAUACGAUCUAUUCAAAUGUCAGUAAUCAAUGAUCAAAUAUUUCAAUGUGCUCAAUCAACUUGUUUACCAUUUAAUAAUCUCACAACAUCCGAUAUUCGUCAAUGUCAAAUUGAUUGUUUAAGUCCAAAUCAAUGUAUAGCAAUUACUUUCUACAAAUUCACUUUUCAGUGUCAAUUAUUUAAUGAUUCAUUAAAUCAAAAUGGAAAUAUGUCAUAUGAAAUGAAUGUUGUAACAAUGAUUUCAAUUAUUGGAACACGAUAUCCACCUGAGCUGGCUCUGAUUACAACAUCAUCAUCAACAACAUCACUAUCAACAACAGAAGCACCACGCAUUUGGACGACAACAGGAAGUAUGAAUUAUGUACGAGGCACUCACGCAGCAUGCGUCUUAGCAAAUGGAACAGUGUUAGUUACAGGCGGAUACGAUGGUAGUUACCUGAACACUGCUGAAUUAUAUAAUCCGUCAACAGGCACUUGGACAACAACAAGAAAUAUGAGUUAUGCACGACGCGGUCACACAGCAUCCGUCUUAGCAAAUGGGACAGUUUUAGUUACAGGCGGAUUCGGUGUUGGUUACCUGAACCGGGCUGAAUUAUAUAAUCCAUCAACAGGUACUUGGACAACAACAGGAAAUAUGAGUUAUGCACGUAUAUAUCACACAGCAUCCGUCUUAGCCAAUGGAACAGUGUUAGUUACAGGUGGAUGGAAUGGUGUCAGUUACUGGAACACUGCUGAAUUAUAUAAUCCAUCAACAGGCACUUGGACAACAACAAGAAAUAUGAGUUGUACACGAAUGUAUCACAGAGCAUCCGUCUUAGCAAAUGGAACAGUGUUAGUUACAGGUGGAUACGGUGGUGGUUACCUGAACACUGCUGAAUUAUAUAAUCCGUCAACAGGUACUUGGACAACAACACGAAACAUGAGUUAUGCACGAGAAUUUCACACAUCAUCCGUCUUAGCAGAUGGAACAGUGUUAGUUACAGGUGGAUACGAUGGUAGUGAUUUCUUGACAACUGCUGAAUUAUAUAAUCCAUCAACAAGCACUUGGACGAUAACAGGAAGUAUGAGUUAUGCGCGAGACUGUUACACAGCAUCCGUCUUAGCAAAUGGAACAGUGUUAGUUGCAGGUGGACAGAAUAGUGGUGGUUACUUGAAUACUGCCGAACUAUAUGAUCCAUCAACAGGCACUUGGACAACAACAAGAAAUAUGAGUUAUGCACGAGACUGGCAUACAACAUCCGUCUUAGUCAAUGGAACAGCGUUAGUUACAGGUGGAUACAAUAAUGGUUCAUUGAACAGUGCUGAAUUAUAUUAA